AAAGUUAGUUGGCCUGCAGUGCUGUUUGGGUGGUACCGGCUGUGUGCAACUUGCUUGGGAUCUGUCUAAUUUGCAGUCUCUCUCUCUACUCCUCUCAUCUCUUCCCGAGCUUUUAAUUUUGUUCUCCCCUCCUCUUCGACUGGGGCAGCCACCCGCAGACGUUGAAACCUCAUCUGAAGAAAUGCAGGCAAUUAAAUGUGUGGUGGUGGGAGAUGGAGCUGUGGGUAAAACCUGCCUCUUGAUCAGCUACACGACAAACGCAUUUCCUGGCGAGUACAUCCCAACUGUGUUCGACAACUACUCAGCCAAUGUUAUGGUGGAUGGGAAGCCGGUGAACCUGGGGCUGUGGGAUACAGCUGGACAAGAAGACUAUGACAGACUCCGGCCUCUCUCCUACCCACAAACAGACGUGUUCUUGAUCUGUUUCUCGCUGGUCAGUCCUGCGUCGUUCGAGAACGUUCGCGCCAAGUGGUACCCCGAGGUGCGGCAUCACUGCCCAAGCACCCCCAUCAUCCUGGUGGGCACCAAGCUGGAUCUGAGGGACGACAAGGACACCAUUGAGAAGCUGAAGGAGAAGAAGCUGGCUCCCAUCACCUACCCACAAGGACUGGCCAUGACCAAGGAGAUCGGCUCCAUGAGGUACCUGGAGUGCUCGGCCCUGACCCAGCGGGGACUAAAGACUGUGUUCGACGAAGCUAUACGUGCCGUGCUUUGCCCAGCUCCUGAGGAGAGGUCCAAGAAGAGCUGCCUCCUACUCUGAAGCUGUUUGGAGGCCACAAGUCAAGGAAUUUCACCAAAUGUUCAUUCUUCAAGCCUAACGCCAAUUUUCGAAGCAAUUUCUGUACCAUAUUCUAUAUCGUAACGUUACGGUUUACUGAGAAGAUUCUUCUGGAGAAGUAUUUCAUUGCAAAGUUUUUUUUUGUACAUUUAUAGGUCGAUCGCAAAAUAAAUUUCUAUUUUUUGCUUGUGUAUUUGAUGUUAAGGGGCUGUCCCACUGUACAAGCUAAUUCAAGAGUUCUCCCGAGUUUCCCCUGAUUCAAACUCGGGGAAUUACGGUAACGGCCGCUUGUAGGUACUCGGGGCUCUCGUGGACAUUUUUCACCAUGUUGAAAAGUCUUCACCAGCUUACCGCGUUUCCCGAUUACCUGCCGUUAGCGUUACGAGCCGCUAAGAGACGCCCCCGAGCUCCGACGUACCCGCUAUGUACAUUCUACAUACUUACCACGAGUUUGAUUUUUUUUUUACCUUGGGAGAGCCCUUGAAUUACUCGUACAGUGGGACAUCCCUUAAGUCUCGACUCAAUUUAGCAGGAGGAGUGCACUUUGCCAAUCAGUUGAGAUCGCAGUAGUUUACAUCUUAGUGUGUGAGUAACAUACCUUCGUAAUACGGGAAGCUAAAUAUAUUUUUAAAAUCAUUUUCUUCUGCUUGCUGGGCCCUCCAUCACCAAUUUCGAUCAAGCCAAGAUACCUGUAAGCAAAAUAUUUUUUGACAUGCAAAGGGUUUUUAAUACUGAAAAAAUAUAUAUUUCCAAUCAACUAUCAACGAAUUAGCUCCGUUUUUUUGCACCGUCCUGCAAUUAUUGAGCUUUUAACAGAUUGCCACAAGAUGUUGGAGUAACUCAGCAGGACAGGCAGCAUCUGUGGAGAGAAGGAAUGGGUGACGUUUCGGAUCGAGACCGGUGGCACAGCGGUAGAGUUGCUGCCUCACAGCGUCGGAGACCCGGGUUCGAUCCCGACUACGGCUGCUGUCUGUACGGAGUUUGUACGUUCUCCCCGUGACCUGCAUGGGUUUUACUCCGAGGUCUUCGGUUUCCUCCCACACUCCAAAGACGUACAGAUUUGUAGGUUAAUUGGCUUGGGGUAAAUGUAAAUUGUCCCUAGUGUGUGUAGGAUAGUGUUAGUGUGCGGGGAUCAGUGGUCGGUGCAGACUAGAUGGGCCGAAGGGCCUGUUUCCGCGCUGUAUCUCUAAACUAAACUAAGCUCUUCUUCAGACUAGACCCGAAACGUCACCCAUUCAUUCCUUCUCCCCAGAGAUGCUGCCUGUCCCGCCGAGUUACUCCAGCAUUCUGUGUCUUAUCUUUGGUGUAAACCAGCACCUGCAGUUCCUUCCUGCACCUUUAACACGAUUGCAGUAGAUUUGCAGAAGGGAUGGGAAUCCAGGGGGGAAAUACAGCACAGGAACAGGCCCUUCGGCCCACCACGGCUGUGCUGAACAGGAUGCCAGGAUAAAGCAAUCACACCUGCUUGCAUUCUCUGCAUAGCCCUGAGCCCAAAAGCUUCUUAAAGUUCACUACUGCAAGCCAUACUUCACUUUCAAAAGAGUCGAGGGUGUUUUAUUGCUGUAGGUACCAACAAGGGAACAGUGACAUUCUUCCUUGCAGCAGCUUACCAGGCUUGUAAGUUCAAUACGUACAGAUAAUAUAUAAUAAAACACAAAAUAAAAUCCAUCAAUUAACACUGAUGCAAAAUGCCAAAGUCUUUAAUACAAUCGGAAACAUUUCUUUCCUCCUCCUCUCCUGGGGAGACCUAGACCUUUUGAGAUCCUUGACGUUUGAAUCUCCGGAGUUGGUUUCCGAUGGGGAUACAGCAAGUUCUCCCCCCCCCCCCCCUCCCCC